CAGAAAUCUCCCGCUAACUACUUCAGAAUUUUCGGACUUCAAUUUCUUUGUCAGCUUGCCGUUCCUCUAUUCGUCGCCGCCAAUCGACGGCACUGACGGGGCUCAACUCACCAACUCGUUUCACUUACAGCCGCUUUCGAAUUUCUUCUUCCCGUCGUUGUUCCGCCAUUUUUAUCAAGUUUAAUGUCAGCGCAGAUUUUAGCAAGAUAGGGUUGGGAAUCGUAGUGUACAAAAAUUUUGAAUAUGGGGGAGAAGCACGAGCUUGAUGCUCCGGUGAGCUCCAGACAGAUCGAUCUGAAGAAGUCCUUCAAGCUUGCUGUUCGUCCUCUCCUUACUUCCUGUUCCAGGGAGGAGUUUCGGGAAUGCUUUUCGAGAUUUACGACUGCAGAGCAAGAUUAUCUUCAUCGUCUUUUCAUUCAGGUUAUAACUUCUCUUCAUGGAAACAUAGAGGACGAGUUUGAGUCAUUAUGUGUUGAAACACAGGUGGGACUUGUAUUUGAUAAUGUUGAACAACUUUUGGAAGAGCAAGAUCUAGACCCAUUGUAUUCAAAGAAGACCAAUAUAGUGGAAAUAUAUAAUUUUCUGUCCAUGACAAAGAAGGAGGAGAUCCAACACUUGAAGGACAUGCUAAAAACGGCUGAGGAACAGAACUGGGUUAUUCAAGGCCGUAUUGAUGAUUUAAGGAAAGGAGUGCAAGAUGCCUCUGGCAUGGCAGAUGCUGUUAAAAAGCUAAGAAACUAAUGCAGAUCUUAUGGAACUGAUGGUGUUAAUGAGACCUUCGAUAUACUUAACUGAUGCUGUUAAAUAGCAAGGUCAGUAUGUAAUUUAGUAGAUUAUACUUGGGUAGUUAUGUGUGUCAAUUUCCUCAGCUUAGCUCAAGCUUUAUAUUUACUUCUUAUUUCAUGUUUGCAAUUAUACAUGUUUUCUUCUGACUAAUGCAUACAAUCUAUCUUGUUGUAUCAAAGAAUUGUUCAAUGCCCCAUCAAGAAUUAGCUAUGUCGUUGGAACUCUAUAUUGCCCUUGUUUCUUUCUCCACUCUCUCUAGGGACAUUUUUUGUAGGCUUUAUCAUCCUCUUUGCAAUGAAGAUUGUAAUCACAAUGCAGUGGCA